UUCGGCAAUCAGAACAGAACAGGAUUGGAAUCCGGAGAACAGAACAGGAUUCGACUCCGGACCCCACUGGACUCCGCACUUAAUAAUUUCUCCGGUGAGUCCGGUCCAACUCACCAGCGGAAUAAAGGGCAAAUGCGGCAUCACCGGUGGCAAGCAUGGACGCCUUUUCGACCUCAUCCAUCUCACCUGCGCACUGCUUGCUCUACUCGCUCCCCUUCCCUUCGUCUACCUUUGGAGCUUGCCAGAAAAAUAGACCAGUGUUUGCCAUCGUGAGAAUGCCCGCAGCGUAUGGUGCUUCUGCCGAGUCCAAGCACGAAAGAAGCGGCGGAGGGUCCAACGGAGACAGAGAGAGAGAUAAAGAGAGGGAGAUGAAGGCGUGGGAGCGGAAGGAUGAGGUGAACCGAAAAAUAGCUUCGCAGAAGGCCAUCUCCGUAAUUCUUAGGAGGGAGGCCAUAAAGGACAUCAUUGAGAAGAUGGGGCCGAUAAAUUCGAGGAAGCUCCUUCCUCGGACCGUCCUGGAGGCACUCCAUGAGAGGAUUACAGCUCUUCGCUGGGAAUCUGCUCUCAAGGUGUUUGAUCUUCUUCGUGAGCAACUAUGGUACAAGCCCAAUCCAGGCAUCUAUAUUAAGCUAAUUGUGAUGCUUGGCAAAUGCAAACAGCCUAUAAAAGCCCAUGCACUGUUCCAAAACAUGUCUGAUGAGGGAUGCAUCAUAAACCAUGAGUCAUACACUGCCCUUGUUUCAGCCUAUGGCAGGAGCGGUCUUUUUGAUAAAGCAUUUUUCCUUCUUGAAAAUAUGAAGAUUACUGAUGGCUGUCAUCCGGAUGUUCAAACCUACUCUAUUCUCAUCAAGUCAUGCUUGCGUUACUUCAAAUUUGACGAAGUCCAGUUCCUAAUGUUGGACAUGAAAAACCUUGGAAUCAAGCCAAACACCGUCACCUACAAUACACUUAUUGAUGCUUAUGGGAAAGCAGGGAGAUUUGCAGAGAUGGAAUCUACGCUAAUGGAAAUGCUUGGGAACCAUGAUUGCAAGCCUGACAUCUGGACAAUGAAUGCUACUCUCCGAGCUUUUGGGGGAAGUGGGCAGAUUGAAAUGAUGGAAAAGUGCUAUGACAAGUUCAAAGGCUCAGGCAUCUCCCCUGAUAGUAAAACAUUUAACAUACUUAUAGAUUGUUAUGGCAAAGCUAGAAAAUAUAAGAAAAUGAGUGCAGUGAUGGAAUACAUGCAAAAAUAUUACUUCUCAUGGACGUUGGUCACCUACAACGUGGUCAUUGAUGCAUUUGGACGAGCAAGGGAUUUGAAAAGGAUGGAAUAUAUCUUUAGGUUAAUGAAGUCUGAAAGGAUGAAGCCAAACCGUGUUACUUUUUGCUCACUUAUCAGAGCAUAUGGCAGAGCCGAAGCAAUUGAUAAAAUAAAGGCUGUCUUGAGAUAUAUAGAGAACUCGGACGUAAUGUUAGACACAGUGUUCUUCAAUUGCUUGGUUGACGCAUAUGGGAGGGCAGGGUGCCUAAUAGAGAUGAGGGAGGUGUUGGAGCUGAUGCAGAAGAGAGGAUGCAGACCUGAUAAGAUCACAUAUAGCACCAUGAUAAAAUAUUACCUCAGCAGAGGAAUCAACGAUCAAAGAGUUCAAGAUCUUCAAGAUAUCAGCCAGGAAGAGGCCAUAUCACCGAGGAAGCUUAGUUCGCUAUCAGGAAGCUGAAAAAAUAAAAAAACAGUUUCUUUUCUUUCAAUGAAAUAGUCGUUGAUUCUUUCCAUUAACCAUUGUUCUCAUGUAGAAGGGAUAUUUUUAACUUUUUCUGCUAUUGUGCAGCUGACUAGUUGCACUUUGAGCAAGGUGCUGGGGAAGCUGUCACACCAUUCUGCUUUUCUUAAAGGUCCUGCAGCUUCUAAUGGAGUUUGAACAAGAGGGAAGCUAAUAGAAGAACUUUUCUCGCAUAAAGCAUAAUGCGAUGGGUGUUGAGAAAUUUGCAUCCUUUCGGCUGGUUAAUGCUGGUUUUGCAUGAGAUUUAUACUGUUAUAUUCUAAAUUCUAAAAAGGUGAAAGUACUAAAAUUAAUUUCUUUUAUACAUAAGAAAUUUCGAACAUAUAGUGCUUUAAAUUUUGUUUCAAUUAAAUUUACCGCA